AUGGCAGCUGCUGAAGCUAAGAAGGAAAGAGGGAUCGCCAAAGGUGGUAAAACUAGAGCCGAUAAGACACUAUACGGGUUGAUUGGAAGAAAACGACCUCUUGUAGUAGUUGAAGCAGCAUAUCAGAAAGCCUUGGAGGCCUAUCAGGAACUAGUUGGAAGACAUAAAGCUUACCUGCGUACUCUUGAUGCAGUGGAUAUUGAAACGGAAGAUGCGUGGUUGGAAGCACAUUCAGAUAAGUGUGACCAAUGGGGAUACGACGUAAAUGACUAUGCCGCCACGUUUAUUACCCCGGCUGUUUCACCCCCUGUAGCUGUUCCACCUCCCGCGCCAAUACCAGGGACUGCUCGCAAACUUGACUUUAAGGUGGACAGAGUGGAUAAACCUGCCUUCAGCGGGAAAGUUCUUGAUUACUUUCAAUUCCGGAAGGAUUUUAAGUUCGUGUAUACUAAGUCUGCUGAAGAAGAAGCUUUGUACUGUCUUAGAAAAGCUGUAUCGGAUGAAGUGCGAAAGUGGUUAGUUGCAGUGGACUCCUUAUCUGAAGCAUGGACCGUCCUAGACCAACAAUACGGGGACCCACGAAUAAUCUCGGAUGCAGUGUUAAACACUCUGGCGAAAGACAAGCCGGUACCAGAAGAGGACAGCACAAAGUUUGCGAAUUUCUACCACGAAAUAAGGAAUGCCAAAAACAUCCUGGGAGAAAUGCAUCGAGCGAACGAUUUAGACAAUUCGACGACCCUGGCUACAAUCAUAUCCAAGUUGUGCUACAGUGACAAACUCAAAUGGGCACGAUUCCAACUAGAAAAAACUGUUGAUCCCAAUGUUGAUAAUUUUUUGCAAUUUAUGAACAUAGAAAUGAAAAUCAAGCGUAUAGCUGGUGCAGAGAUUCGUAGUGGGGCUGUGGGUAACCACAGCAGUAGUCAAAAGUCCGGAAAGGUUUGCGCGGAAACAGCGAAAUUGCGCAAUGAGGCCGCAACCUCACACCCUACGGUGUCAUUUGCUAAACCUAGAGCCUCUCCGUCUAUGGCCGCGUUCGCAUCCAAUAGGGAAUCGCCUAAAUCAUGUUGGUUUUGCGCUGGUCAGCAUUGUCCGCAAGAAUGUGACAAAUUUCAUCAGUUGAGCUUACCACAGCGUUUGGCAGAAGUCAGGAAAAACAAAUGUUGCUAUUUCUGUUUAAAUAAGCAUUAUAGUCCUUGCAGGCAGAGAAAGAAGUGCACUCAGCUAACCGGAAGUAACCCGUGCAAAUACAGUCAUCAUGUUCUACUCCAUGGAGCCCCCUUCGACAGUCCUACUCCAAAUGCCACUCCAACUGCUAGUAUGACAGGGAUUGAAGGUGCCCUGACCAACUCCACUUCAGCAGAAGAUAAGAGUCUUCUUCCGGUAAUCCAGGCUGACAUUCUCAAUAUGGGUAAUGGUCUCAAGAAGUCCUAUGGGUGUAUUUUCUUGGACAGUGGAGCUUCCCUUUCCUUGAUCAAAGAAGCCACAGCAAAACAAUUCGAACUUCCAGGAGAAAACGUGACCGUGACAAUUGGGAAAAUUGGUGCAUCUGAAGAGGAGUUUAGAACAAAGCUCUACACUCUACAUGUACGACAGGUAGGAGGUUGUCAGAGUUAUCGUGUGAAAGCAAUAGGCAUCCCAGAAAUUUGUGGUGAGAUUGCGGAAGUGAAAGUCUCAGAAAUAACACGACAUUUUGAUGUUGAGCCAAAUAGAUUGCACAGGGGGUCAGGCUACCCUGAUCUUUUGAUUGGAUUGGACUUUGUCAAAUUUCAUGUGGGUGAAACUACGGUCAACGGUGAAAUAGCCCUGAGAGAAACUCCACUGGGCCCAGUCGUCUUUGGUGUCGCUGAAGCGAUAUCAACAAAUAAGAAGACUGGUGUGUACUGCAUGCAGGAAGUUAGGCGCAUCCCUGAAGUUAACCUUGAAGUAUUUUGGACCACCGAAGAGAUGGGCAUCGCUGUAAAUGCUUGCUGCAUGGGAACCAGACCUGACAAACCGCGAAUGACCCCAGAUGAAAGGGCCGAAGAUGAGAUGAUCCCAAAAUCUGCAAUCAAGGUCGGUGAGCGAUGGAUGAUUCCAAUACCAUGGAAAUGGGAUCCACAUGAGCUUCCUGAUAACUACACCCAAGCCCUGGCAAGAUUACAGUCCACCGAAAAGAAGUUGAGACAGAACGAUGAUUAUGCGCAGAUGUAUCAGGGACAGAUUGAUGACCUCGUUGCACGAGGGUGUGCUAGGAAACUUACCACUGAGGAGAUCGAAACCUACCAUGGUCCGGUAUAUUACCUGAGUCAUCAUGCUGUCCUUAGGCCGGAAAAGGAAUCCACACCUUGUCGUGUCGUCUUUAACAGCGCAGCAAAUUUCCGUGGUCACUGUCUGAAUGAGUACCAGUGUAAAGGACCCAACCUGCUGAACAGCCUCCUGGGAGUGAUCAUGAGAUUCCGCGAAAGACCCAUUGCGAUAUAUGGGGACAUCUCCAAGAUGUACCACUCAAUUCUUAUAUCACCAACUGUUGAUGCCAAUACUCAUAGGUUCUUAUGGCGUAACUUGGAAAACCGCCCCCCGGAUACUUACAAAAAACUUGUACUCACCUCUGGGGAUAAUGUUCACCGGCAGUUGCAAACACCGCCCUCAACCUCACCGCUGAGGAAGCCGCUGCCCAUUACCCUGAAGCUGCUGAAAUGA